AAAGUGUCAAAACGCACAGAAAAACUCCUGCUGAAGCUGCUAAGAUCCAUGUGACACACUAUUAUAAAGAUGGAAUGUAUUAAAGAGGAGAGUGAAGACUUGAAGAUUGAAGAAAUAUUCAGAUUCAAACGUGAAGAUACUGAGACACAAACGGAGAUGGUGUUUAUUAAAGAGGAGAAUGAAGACAUAAGGAAUGAAGAAGCAUUCGGAGUAAAACAUGAAAAUACUGAGGAACAAAUAGAGAUGGUGUUUAUUAAAGAGGAGAGUGAAGACUUGAGGAAUGAAGAAGCAUACAGAGUCAAACGUGAAGGUACUGAGGAACAAACAGACCCGAAAGAGGAGUGUGAAUUAUUGAAUGGAAUGCAAGAUAAAGAUCAGUACAGCAAAUAUAAUUUCAUAACUGGAGAAAAAUAUUUUAGUUGUUCACAGACUGAAAAGACUUCCUCACUGAAAAGAGCUCAGAAGACUGGAACUAGAAGUCAUUUCACUUGCCAACAGUGCGGAAAGAAUUUCAAUCAACAAGGAAACCUUAAAGUCCACAUUAGAGUUCACACUGGAGAGAAGCCUUACACCUGCAAACAGUGUGGAAAUACUUUCACAGAAAAAGGAAACCUUAAAAAACAUAUGAGAGUUCACACAGGAGAGAAGCCUUACACGUGCAAACAGUGUGGAAAGAGUUUCAAUCAACAAGGAAUCCUUAAUGUCCACAUGAGAGUUCACACUGGAGAGAAGCCUUACACCUGCAAACAGUGUGGAAAUAGUUUCACUGAAAAUGGAAACCUUAAAAGGCACAUGAGAAUUCAUACUGGAGAGCAGCCUUAUGCAUGCCUUCAAUGUGGAAAGAAUUUUACACAUAAAAGCAUUUAUAAUGCCCACAUGGGAAUUCACACUGGAGAGAAGCCUUUUACCUGCCAACAGUGUGGAAAACAUUUCAGUCAACAAGGAAACCUUAAAGUCCACAUGAGGGUUCACACCGGAGAGAAGCCUUACACCUGCAAACAGUGUGGACAUGGUUUCAUUAAAAAAGAAAGCCUUAAAAGACACAUGAGAGUUCACACAGGAGAGAAGCCUUACACAUGCUCUCAGUGUGGAAUCAGUUUCACUCAACUAUCAAGCUUUAACAGGCACAUGAGAAUUCACAUCACAAAGGAGCAUUAAAACUACUGUGUGGAAGAACUUCAAAACUAAAUUUCAAGGCCAAUGUAUACUAUGGUUUUUACAUCUACAUGAUGGUCUGCGUACAGUUUGCAUGACACAAAAUACACCAAAAUAGUCUGCAUGAUUGAAAUCGCAA